AUGGAUCCUUUCAACAACUUGCCGGCAGAGAUCCGCCUGAACAUCUGUUUCUGGCUUCGCCUUCGUUCCAAGCGCGCGCAUUUGCCCUUAAUCGAGGCAUCUCCCACAAUGCUCCGACAGUACGCCACAUCAAAAGCAUACAUCACGAAGACAUCCCUGGCCUUUGACCUCGACGAUGAGAUGAUCCAAGAUGCCACGAGACUCAUUGAAUUUUCUUUUUGGAAGACCACCAUCGUCUCCUCGGGGCUCCCUGGCUCCAUUGAUCGCACGUGGACGGCGCAGCAGCUCCCGAACCCAUUCAAGACGGGGGACCAUGUGCUCAUCACAAAGAUCGACAAAUUACACAGCCGACUGUUGCUAUUCAUCGAGGAUUACUUGACGAAGGCCACUGCGAUAUUCCCUCCCCGACAAUACCUUUGCCUUCCCAACUUGUCAUCAACCCAAGGCCAUCUAAUGUUCAAGAACGAGACAGUCUGUCCUCGAUUUGAUGCGGCCCAUCUCACAAAUCAAGAGAGGAGGCGGCUAUUAAGGGCAUUCCUACGGCAUGAACUUAUCUGCAAAAUCAGCUUUCCGACCAUAAAUAUACAAUCCUACUUAGACUUGCGGCCACUACUGCGAUACGGCGGUCGAACAUUCCACCACUCGGAGCUAGAGGCUAUUGAAUGCGUCCGCACAUAUCUCAUGUCUCUUUAUGGGGCCAUUUUCGCUCAAUGCGGCGAUUUCUGGCUCCCAGACAUACCCGAAGGCACUCUCUCUGCUGGCGGCACAGGUUUACUAUACCCAGACAAUCUCUACGUCGACGAUGGGCUCUACUCUUUUGACAUGCGCUCUCGCGUAUCAUCUUUUCGGGCGUGCUUCGGAUUAGAUCUUGUGACGAGUCUUAUCCGAUGCGCCACAUCCGGAGGGCAUGGACGAGAUCGCCUCAAGUUCUGGUUCCAGAGCCCCUCUACAGCUUUGUGGGUAGGAUUUCGCUGGCCAAGUUACACUAUCCCGUGCCAACAUGCACAAUGCAUCCCUAGGGACGGCUUGGACCACGACUUCGACCACAUGUCUGAUAGCGAACUUCACGAUAUGCGCCACCAGGAAGGCUCGGGGAUGUACCAGAAACUUUCCUCUCGCAUUGUGAAAGGGUUGGAUAUACAUCGAAACAUGUAUCGACAACGAGCGUGGGUUUUCCUCGAUGACGAUCGAUUGUACCCGUCGUCUGGCCCAGCACCCCACUUUCCAACUUCUGACGAGAUGAUGGAACAGUCCGCUGACACGGCGACAAACAUGGAGUGGUUCACGGAUCCUCACCGUACCAGAGCUCGGCAUCGAUCACAAAAGUUUCAUCAAGAGCGAUGUCCUGGUGGCAACGAUGAACAACAGAUCGAUGAAGCGCAAGAAUCAAGACUGGGAGUAGAGAGCGAAAUCCUACUACCAGGGAUGGGUGGUGUGACAGAAGAGUUAUAUUUCGGACGCUUGCCUCCAUUCUGGCGAUGA